UAAUGAAGACUACAAUAGCAUUCUGUCCAAAGGUGCAAGGGAGCCAGCGCGAUGGGGAGAGCAGCAGUGUGGACAUAUCCCUUUCUUUUGUUGGUAAUCAGUGACUUGAUUCAUGGACAGAAUACAACAGUUACAUCAAAUGUUUCUAUAACUACUGUUGCUGAGACCUCAACAGUUGUACAAUCAACGAGUGUGACACCAAUCUCUAUAUCCAUAAUAGAACCAACAACUGACACCACAACUCAGCCAGUAACAUCUACAACAACUCCUGAGACACCUUCAACAGUUGAACAAUCAACAACAACAACAUCCAUACGAGAAUUGACCAGUACACCAGAACCAACAAGCUCCACCGAGCCAUUAACAACUACAUCAAAUGCAUCAAUCACUGAGACACCUUCAACAUUUGACCAAUCAAUGACAACAUCUACACAAGAAGUGAUAACUACAUCAGAACAAACAACGACACAGAGUUCCACUGAGCCAUUCACAACUACAGUAAGUACAUCAGCAUCUGAGACGCCUUCAAUGUUUGAACAAUCAACAACGACAACAUCCACACGAGUGCCGACAACUACAGCAGGGUCAACUACACCAGAACUGACAACUACAGCAGGGUCAACUCCACCAGAACUGACAACUACAGCAGGGUCAACUACACCAGAACUGACAACUACAGCAGGGACAACUACACCAGAACCGACAACAACAACUACACAGAGUUCCACUGCGCCAUUAACAACUACAUCUGGUACAUCAGUGUCUGAGACACCUUCAAUGUUUGAACAAUCAGCAAUGACAACAUCCACAGGCGUGCUGACAACUACAGCAGGGACAACUACACCAGAACCGACAACAACUACAGCAGGGACAACUACACCAAAAUCAACAACAACUACAGCAGGGACAACUACACCAGAACCGACAACAGCUACAGUAGGGACAACUACACCAGAAUCGACAACAACUACACAGAGUUCCACUGCGCCAUUAACAACUACAGCAAGUACAUCAGCGUCUGAGACACCUUCAACAUUUGAACAAUCAACUACGACAACAUCCACAGGAGUGGCGACAACUACAACAGGGACAACUAUACCAGAACCAACAGCUACAGCCGGGACAAUUACACCAGAACCGGCACCAACUACACAGAGUUCCACUGCGCCAUUAACAACUACAGCAAGUACAUCAGCGUCUGAGACACCUUCAACAUUUGAACAAUCAACUGCGACAACAUCCACAGGAGUGGCAACAACUACAGCCGGGCCAAUUACACUAGAACCGGCAACAACUACAACAGGGACAAUUACACCAGAAUCGACAACUACAGCCGGGCCAACUACACCAGAACCGGCAACAACUACAGCAGGGACAACUACACCAGAACCGACAACAACUACAGCAGGGACAACUACACCAGAAUCGACAACAAUUACAGCAGUGACAACUACAACAGAAUCGACAACUACAGCCGGGGCAACUACACCAGAAUCGACAACUACAGCUGGGUCAACUACACCAGAACCGACAAAUACAGCAGGGACAACUAUACCAGAAUCGACAACAACUACAGCCGGGACAACUACACCAGAACCGACAACAACUACAGCCGGGCCAACUACACCAGAAUCGACAACUACAGCAGGGACAACUACACCAGAAUCGACAACAAUUACAGCAGUGACAACUACAACAGAAUCGACAACUACAGCUGGGUCAACUACACCAGAAUCAACAACUACAGCCGGGUCAACUACACCAGAACCGACAACUGCAGCAGGGACAACUACACCAGAAUCGACAGCUACAGCCGGGUCAACUACACCAGAACCGACAACAACUGCAGCAGGGACAACUACACCAGAACCGACAACAACUACAGCAGGGUCAACUACAUCAGAAUCGACAACUACAGCCGGGUCAACUACACCAGAAUCGACAACUACAACAGGGACAACUACACCAGAAUCAACAACAAUUACAGCCGGGACAACUACACCAGAAUCGACAACAACUACAGCAGGGACAACUACACCAGAACCGACAACAACUACAGCAGGGACAACUACACCAGAACCGACUACAGCAGGGACAACUACACCAGAACCGACAACUACAGCCGGGUCAACUACACCAGAAUCGACAACUACAGCAGGGUCAACUACACCAGAGGCAACAACAACUACAGCAGGGACAACUACACCAGAACCGACAACUACAACAGGGACAACUAUACCAGAAUUGACAACUACAGCAGGGUCAACUACACCAGAACCGACAACAACAACAGCUGGGACAACUACACCAGAACCGACAACUACAACAGGGACAACUACACCAGAAACGACAACAACUACAGCCGGGACAACUACACCAGAACCGACAACUACAACAGGGACAACUAUACCAGAAUUGACAACUACAGCGGGGUCAACUACACCAGAACCGACAACAACUACAGCAGGGACAACUACACCAGAACUGACAACUACAGCCGGGUCAACUACACCAGAAUCGACAACUACAGCAGGCACAACUACACCAGAAUCGACAACAACUACAGCAGGGACAACUACACCAGAACUGACAACUACAGCCGGGACAACUACACCAGAAUCGACAACUACAGCUGGCACAACUACACCAGAAUCGACAACAAUUACAGCCGGGACAACUACACCAGAAUCGACAACUACAGCUGGCACAACUACACCAGAAUCGACAACAACUACAGCAGGGACAACUACACCAGAAUCGACAACUACAACAGGGACAACUACACCAGAAUCGACAACAACUACACAGAGAUCCACUGCGCCAUUAACAAGUGAGUCCUGUUAACAACCUAAAUAAAAGUAAACAGUAUGACAACAACUGGAAAUAGAAAGCAUUGGUCAUUUUAUUUUGCAGUGCUUUGCUUCUGAUGACAUUCAAAAUAAUCCAAUAUACGCCCAAAAUUACAAUUAAAUUGAGAUGAGAUUUAAUGUAGCAGCUUCAGAGUUGGCUGUAGUAAAAUGUCAAUUCUCAAUAUGCGCAACCUAAAGAGAUGUUGUUCCAACCGGUAAUGGUGUGUCCACCAACAUUGAUAAAAAGCAGUUAAGAAAUGAGAAUUUUGAGUUAAUUCCUGUUGGAUUUAAAAGCAACAUUUUAUUAUACAGGCUAUAAUAAAUGCUUUGAGCAUUCCUGGUGAAUCAUAUAUUUAAAGUGUAGAACUAAUGAGUUCUAAAUCAAUUUUUACAUCCACAACAGCAUGAACAAGCAUAUCAGAACAAAUAAAAAACACAGAAAUUUGUGACAAGUACCAAUGAUAGAGAUGUUUCAGCAUGUAAACCUAACGGUGUAUGCCUGCAGCAUAGUUAACAGUAUCAAUCAGUUUAAUGACAUCAGAAAUUAAUGGGCAACAGAUUGUUUUAAUAGCAGCAACUCUAAUGCGAU